AGACAGGAUUCUGGUUUGGGCACGCGCACACAGACACACAGACAGGGGAACUCGCUGCUCGUCCAGUUGGCAAAGUGACGAAGUUGUCUUCGGAAACUUAAAAGGCUCGAAACAAAACCACUAUGACUUCGACUAACAUGUUUCAAGGGUUGGAGGGUGCGAAACCAAGUUCAAGGGUGUUGCAGCCUCCUGGAGGUGGCUCCAGUAACCUGUUUGGAGGCUAUGAAGACGACGCAGCAGCAUCAAGAAGACCUAAUAAGAUGGCCUCUAAAGUUUUCGCUCCACCAGAGGAGUCCCAGAGUGUUCCCAGGCGCUCCAAUCCCCCAGGUGGGAAGAGCAGCGGGAUAUUUGGAGAACCUGAACCUCCAGCUCGGCAACAGAAACCCGCACCUCCUGGUGGACCAACCAGCAACAUAUUCGGUGCUGCAGAGAGUGCACCAACCCAAAGCCCAAGUCGUAGCCACCCAAAUAAGCCAAAGGACAAUCUAAGUGUCGGACCUGAACCUGAACCACCAGCACCUGAAGCCAAAGUCAGCACACCUGAGGUGAAGGAAGAAGCCCCUCCCCCUGCUCCCAUGCCAGCCAAGGAGGAGCCUGUUGUUGCUGCCCCGGCCCCCCCAGAGCCCGAGCCUAAACCCGAGCCCCCUGCCCCCGCUACCUUAGCUCUUGAUAAGACAGUUGAGACGGGAGAGCUGAAGAACCACGAGCCUCACCUGGGACCCAAGCCUCGCUCUCACAACAGGGUCCUCAACCCCCCUGGAGGAAAGUCUAGUGUGGUAUUCUACUGAUCAGCUGAGCACACCUCUCCUCUCUGUUUGUGUCCACACCUCCCCUGUUAAUCUUCUCUCAUUCCACUGGCCCUCCCCCCACGGUUACCCACGGUUACUUCACCUGUACAUCUAAACACAGAGCAGGAAUUUAUGUUCUUCGCACCAGAUUCCUAUUCAAAUCUGCUGUCCUCAACUUCUUGCACUUUCAGCCCUAUUUCUGGCUUCCUGCUCUUUGUCCAAUUCUUCUUCUUCUUCUUCUUCUUCUUCUUCUUCUUCUUCUAUUUCUUCUUCUUCUUCUUCUUCUUCUUCAAUGAAACCUGCAGUCAUUCAAUCACCAACCAAUCAAUCAAUCAACAGGCUAGCUAAUCACUUUUUACUGUCUUGACUGUUCAAUCUAGAUAUUGCGGUUACUCUAUUCACUGUUUCUGUGUUUUUGUAAAAUAGUUUGGUUUAAGGCACAAGUUUGUUAUCUUUAAAAGGUUUUUGCAUCUCAACAAUGGUUCAGACGUCGGAGUGAGUUUAGCUUUCAACAGUCCUUGAGUCAAAUUAUUUGCUGUCACAGAAAAUUUCGGCGUAAAACUCUUUUUGCGCAAACUUCAAAGUGCUUGUUUUAAACUCUAAUGUGUAGACUUUCAAUCACGAGGGGGUGAAUAGAUCUUCUCACCAACGUAAUAUGUAAAAUGUUUCAGGGAGUUCCUUUAGUGCCACCUUUUUUUAUGCAUUGCCGAAUCCUCGCUGGAUUACUACUUAAACCUCGUUGUUUAUCAGUUUUCCAGAAUAUUACAUCUGUCGGUCUACAACUAACGACUAUAUAAUCAAAGCCUUAUAUGAUCUUUCUUGCCUUCUCAUUAAUAACCCCUUCAUAUCAACACAUGGCUAACAUUAAUGAGCUGCUGUCGGAGUACAAACUCUUUAAGGAAAGAUGCCAAAAAUUGACUUCUAGAUGAAUGCAUUUUUUUUUUUUUUACACCUAAAUGUUUCUGCUUCCUUUAAAGAAAAUUCCAUUUUGAUUGUAUGCAGAUAUAUUAUGCAGGUACUUUUCUGCUUUGUCCUCAUUGCUUGCUUUAUCUGAGAACAUGCCUUUUUUUUGUUGUUGCUUGGGGUAGGCCUCUGUUUAUGUUUUAAAUUAAAACGGCUGAAGACAAGUGAACUCUGGACAAGCGCGUGGCCUACCUGAGUCCAGGUCGGCUCAUUGAUAAUCACCUUUUCACCCACUUCAUGACGCACAUUCAGGGUAUUCUGGUGCCAGCCUGUCCCCCGUGUGUUGAUGUGCCUGGCAGGCAAUGAGCGCAGCAGAAGAAGAAACUCCUGUGUAUUGCAAUAAAACUGUUGUUUUGCAUUUAAAGUUUGCUUAUUUUGUCUACUUUUUUAAAAACAGGGUUCGUACGGUCAUGAAAAACCUGGAAAAGUUACGGAAAUUGAAAAUGCUAUUUCUAGGUCCUUGAAAAGUUAUUAUAGUUAAUAUUUAGAAUGUGUAAAAUAGGCCUGCCGAAUUCUUAUGCAUUAGUAUUUCUUAAGCAGGUGUUAAGUAACCUAACCUGGAACAUGUUUCAAACACUGCAAAAAUAAAAUUUCAGUCAGACGAUUUUUUUUAACUUCAAUCCAUGUAAAUGUGUGUUAAGAAGAAUUCAAGUUGCAAUUAAAACAUAGCAGGUUUUAUCAAAAAAUGGUUUGAUUUUGAGGCACCGACUACAGUGGUCCGACUGAAAUGCAUUAAUUUUUUGGUCUUGAAAAUUCAUUGAAAGGUUAUGGAGAAGUCAUUGAAAAGUUAUGGAAAACCAUUGCUAAAAAAGUGUACGAACCCUGUAAAAAUGUAGCAGUAACAUUUUUGGACAUUUAACCCUAUAAAGCCUGAACCAUGAAAUAAUUGCCAGAAAAUUCAAAUUUUUUUUAAACCGAGUGCUUAUUAACUUGAUGACGAAUUUUUAAAAAUAAAUAAAUUGCAUAUAUGAAUUCUAAUUUGUAUCAUAUUUGAUACAUCAGGUCUUUUUGUGCAAUUUGUUGCUCACAGUUUGUUUUUCUUGAACUAACAAAAACAUCAAACAACAACAUUUUUAACUUUUCCUUUUUCCUCAAACAUGCAAAAUACAUAUUUUUUCCAUAUAACACAACAUCAUACUGCUGAUAUGAAGUUUUUUAAUGCAGCAAUGAAUGAUCCGCUCGUGGAACCUGCAUAUCAUUUUUGCUACAUCUGGUAUUUUUGUGCAAUUUGUUGCUCAGUUUGUUUAUCUUCAACACAUGUAUACAUCAGGUUUUUGAUGAUGUAGAGGUCUCAAAAAUUACUGUAUCUAAUAUGAUACACUUGGCUUUAUAGCGUUAAUAAUAACUAAUCAAAGUUAAAUAUUUAGGUUGAUUUUUACUUUUCAAAAACGGAAAGGCCAUGCAUAUCUUGUUAAAUGUUUGUUUGGAUCCGUGUAAAUGUGACUCACAGAAUAAGUUUUGUCUGCUCUAGUUUUAGACUUCAUUCUUGAAUCACUGACACUGAUGCUUUUGUCCUGAUUUGCCCGUUGGCAGCACUAUGUGCAAGCUGCUUGUUCUGAGACAAAAUGGCCACUUUAUGCCCGGGAGGACAAUGUAGUUUUAGCUUUGCAAUACACUUUGGAAUCUGCGGUAAUGUUUUUCAUUUUGUCAGCAACAACAACAGUCUGAAAGAGCAGACGAAAUCAUGUUCUGUAAAUAUACACUGACACAGAAAUGGCCCUAUUAGUGUGAUACCAGGCAGCCCACAAAACUAACUCUCCUUAUAUUUUACAGUUGUUUUUUUUUAUAACUUUCUUUUUAUUGUUUCUCCCUUAAAGCAGUGUAGAACAUUAUACAUACAAGUAAAAUAAAACAAAACAAAAAAAACUAACAUCAAAAAAGGAACAUGUUGGAUCAUUAUAUUUCUACAGUUAGAUCCUGUAUUAAUGUCACUGUGAUAGUCCUUGCCCUGUCGUUUUUAUGUAUUCUGUCCAUUUCUCCCAUUUCCGGCAGCAUUGAUCCUCUUGAAUCCUUAUUUUAUGAGUCA